AUGUCAACAGCUGCACAUCAAACUCAAUCAUCAAAUAUAAAUCGAUAUCCUGAACUAAAACUAUCGUGGUCUGGUGAUUAUGAAUCGCUGAAAUUGUUUGUUGAUAACGAACUAAAUUUCGAAGGAACUUGGUCAUCGAUCGGUGGGGAGAAAAAGUUGUUUAAAAGCAAAAACGUUGAUAUCCAUUGGUGGGCUAAAAAGAAGUUUCUUAGGAUAGAGGGAAAACAGGCAAGUGAAGUUAAACGUUCAAUUCUGAUGUUGAUUUUGCAUGACAUUGGUUCUGACGACCAUAAUAUUCGCUCGUCUCAUAACAUGUGUAAAUGCCCUGAAGUCAGUUCUGAUAUCGAAGGCGUUAAAUUGGAUGUCAUUAUCUUGGAAUCAACAGUGAAACAACAGGCAAAUACGCUUGUUAGUUUGCAGGAAACCUUGGCGAAAUUAGAAGCAUCAACAACCGAUGCAAAAUCUAUACCGUUGGAUCAACUAAGUAAAUCUCCCAAUAAUACAUCGGCUGAAUGUGUUGUACAAUGUACGAAUUAUAAUAGCCCUAUUGCGUCUGUGAUUACACCUACUUGCUUGUAUUUCUCGGACGAAUCUGAGCAGAAUAAUACGGACAAUAUAAUCGAAAAGCAGAAUAGUACGGACAGUAUAGUCGAAACCUUAGUAGGAAAGUAUUUGCCUAGUCAUUCCAAGUCAAAUGUUAAGAGUUGUUUAAAUAAUACACCAAUUUUAAAGAACCCAUGUCAUGAUCUGCACCACAAUCCACAAGGCAUUCAGGAUCAAUUAAAUACUAGCCAAAGAAUUGAGAAGGAAUGUGUGGAGAUUUGUCAAUCUAAUACUAACAAAAGAUAUUUACACUACCAUGGCCAACAUAAUGAAUGUAGUCCCCAUUGUCUAGAUCUCACAGUAAUUAAUCCCAGUAAUAGUGGAAUUAUUACAGAUGAUACAACUCCUAUGAAUAAUUAUCAAUCUAUUCCAACCCGCAUCACCCAGCGAAAACCAUCUAGGAAACAUAAUAAACGUAACAAAAAUGCGGGAAAGGAUUUUCGUGCACGUACAAUGUUGAGAGACAAAAUGAACUUUUACAAAUAUUAUUAUUAG